AUAAUAGUUGUCUCACUUCCACUCAUGUCGGCUACCAAAAACGGAAAAUAAACGCGUAUUUGUGGCCAUUUUACUGAAAAUUUUCGCCUACUCCGCACUCCUUUAAAUAAUCAAACUAUUUAAUAAAAACAAAAUCAUCUGAAGAUACUAAAAGAUGGCUCAUGAGCGUUCGCCAUCUGCCGAGGCGGAAAAAGAUGGGAAGGAUGGCAAAGAAUCGUCGACGAAAGAUGUGAAGCCAAAAGUUAGCUCCUCGUCGAAUUCGAAUCGUGGUCGGGAGCGUGACCGCAGAAGACGCGGUUCAGCGUCAUCCAGCAGCGAUAGUAGUGGCAGUUCGUCAGACAGCAGCUCUUCUCGAAGUAGCUCGGGAUCGGGAUCACGCUCUAGCUCUUCUAGUUCCAGUGGUUCAUCCUCUUCUUCUUCGUCAUCAUCAAGUGAUUCUGAACGCGGCGUUAACAACCGACGUCGUGGUGGUGGGGGAAACUCAAAUGCAGCUCGUAAGAGUGGUUCGCGCUCUCCGCGUCGCUCUAAAUCGCCCCGUGCUACGAGCAAGAUUCGCAAGGACAAGUCUCGUUCCAAGGAUCGGGAACGCGACCGUGAACGCAAUGAGCGCGAUCGUGAUAGAGACAGAGAGCGAAAUGAACGCGAUCGACGGCGAUCGCGGACACGCUCGCGUUCCAAAGAUCGGGAUCGUGCACGACGUACAUCAAACGAUAGAGGUGGUGCAGGUGGAGGUGGCGGUGGUGGAGGAGAUGGCGCAGCUGCCAAGCGCGAACGUUCAAAAGAACGCGAUCGCCGUUCCCGCUCACGCUCGGGGUCACGAUCUCCACGUCGCCGUGUUCGCAGCUCCGGUGAACGCAGUCCGCCGGCCAAGCGACGAGAUCGGACCCGCUCGCGAUCGGCCACUCCAAAGCCGACGCGUAUUCAUGUUGGUCGAUUAACCCGCAACGUAACCAAGGAACAUGUCAUCGAAAUUUUCAGUUGCUUUGGUGAGGUUAAAAAUGUUGAAUUCCCGACGGACCGCUAUCAUCCUUCUUUCGGACGUGGCAUGGCAUAUGUGGAGUAUGCUACGCCGGAAGAAUGUGAGACGGCUAUGAAACAGAUGGAUGGCGGGCAAAUUGACGGUCAAGAGGUUACUGUAUCGCCGGUACAAGCACUAAAAAUUCGUCCUCCUGUUAGGCGCCCUUCACUCACAAUGCGACGUCCAGCUGGUCGCUGGCGCUCACCGCCGAUGUUUAACCGAUUUAAUAAUCGCGGAAGGCGUUCGCCUCCCCGCGGCAGGCGUUCGCCUCGGCGCCGAUCACGAUCACCUAUUCGUCGACGCCGGCGCAGUAAUAGCUCAGACAGCUCACGUUAAUAUUCGUGCACAAGGACGAUCAAUGCAAGUUUUAAAAAGGAAACCUGAGGGCAAAUAAGGAUAUAUCCAGUACUUGCUAAUAAAAUGUUAUUAUUUAAAUUUAGUUACUUGGUAUUUUACGAUUAGGUCGUAGACGUAAUCGAGCCCUAACCGCCAAAAAGACGUAAUCGACAUUUUUCUUUUUGAUGUAGAAAUGUUCCUAGAAUGCAUGGUACAAUAAUUACAGGUAUUGUCUUCCCAGAGAGUUUUGCUUCACAUCGAAAUUCGUGCUCCCUUAUUUUCAUUUUGACGCAGUUCAAUGUUGAUUCUUUUACUUUUAUUUGGCUUUGCUUUUUGCUUUCGCUCAAUGUAAUUUCUAUAAUUUUUCAAAACAAAAUAAAAAACGUUUGAAAUGAAGUGAGCCAUACAAAUUUUGAGUUUAUUUAAAAAGCAAAUGUUUUCUUUCGGCAUUUGCAAAUUAAUUAAGUCCUCUGCAAGAAGCUUUGUUUAAAAAAAUACGUGUACAUAUAUGGUAUACGUAGCAGUAAACCUUUGUGUGGUCAACAAUGUUUUUCAAAUAAGGCAGAUCGGAAUAUGCGCUCUCUGGGAAGACGAUACCUGUAAUUAUUGUACCAUGCCUAGAAUGUAUAGAUUUAUUUCUGUAUAAAAAAAAAAAAAAAUGUCGCUUACGUCUUUUUGGCGGUUAGGAUUCGUUAUGAUAAUACAAACGUAAAGUCAAAGUACGGUAUCAAAUUCACUAAUUAAAAAUUUAGAAUCGUAUGAUAUCAACAACGCUAGCGACUUGAGGCGAUUUUAUCAAAAGAGUUUGAGAAAAUAUAAAAGUAAUUGCUAUAUACCAUUUAUAAAUGCAUAAGUCUUUUCUUGACGUAUAUAUGUAUGUAUGUACAUGAUUUAUGUAUAUAGUAGGCGAGGAAUUAAACCUUCUAUUAAAAUCUUAACGAAAUACAAA